AUGACACUUAUAACUUUUUUAACGUACUUCCUUAUAUUAUCAACUUCUUGGGCACAAUUAAUAGAACCUGAAUACUUUUAUGAUAAUACGGGUUUUGAAGGAAACAUGUUAAAUAUAAAAAUAAAUGAUUAUUCAAUUCCUCAAGGACCUUCUACCUUAAAUGAUAUAUUACCCAUGGAAAAAGAUUUAACGACUUUUGUGGAUUAUUUACGUAUGUUUGGUGAUAUUAUUAAAAUGCUUGAUAAUCCAGAUGAAUCUUUAACACUGUUUGCACCCAUAAAUUCAGUGUUCCAUAAUACCACGAAUAAGCCUAGUUAUGUGACUAGUUCAUCAGAAGAUCCUAUAGAAAAAAUACGUAAAUUUGUAUUGUCACAUAUUGUUCCAAAGUCAUUAAAACUUCAUAGUGGAGAUGAGCUUGAUACUUUAUUUGAAGGAACAAAAAUCAGAGUUAAGAAGGGUACUGAUGGAAAUUUCAUAUUGAAUGACAAAGCGAAUACUAGGACGUCAAAAGAUGCAACAAAUGGAAUAUUUUAUAAAAUUGAUGAUAUAUUGAUAUAA